CGCGCAUUUUCUCUCUCUAGAGGACAGGUCUCCACCCGGAAUGUCAGUGAAAGAAAGAAGCUGAUGCCGGCCCAGCCAUCCAUGGAGAAAUGGAGAGGAGAGGGAGAAGCCACCCUCCAAUUCUCGCUUUUCGUCGAAAGAGAUGGAUUGACGGACCGGAUAUGUGACCGAGAAAUUUCUAGAGAGAGAAACGGCAUGUCCUGUGCACGGGGACUUGUUCAGAGUCCGUCGUCGUGGAGACGGAGACGGGAGACGGAGGGGGAGGGAGAUGUGUGGAAGCAGAUGAAUCCAGACUCGAGAGAGAGGCAAGCAGCCUGGGGGGAAAGGAGAGACAGCGCCCCACUACUCCCGUCCAUUUGCCAUUACCCACCACCACCUCCUCUACCGCCACCACCGCUAGAGUCUAGAGAGAGAAACAAGACAGAGAGAGAAGCUCGAGUUGUUGCCUUGCUGGUGUUCUCCCCAUUGCGUGCCUGCUCUCCCUCUCCCUCUCCUGUUCUCAUCCUCACCAUGGGCCUUUUCGGCACUACCACCACCUCAUGGGUCACAGCACAGCACAGCAGCCCCCUCCGCUCCCCUUCACACGGCGCAGCCAGGCAGCAGCAGCAAGAGAGAGAGAAACUUCCACCCGCGCGCGCCUCCUCUUCUUCCCCUCCAACCUUUAUUAUUAUCUCCUCGGUCCCGGCUCCUCUCGCUUUCUCUCCCCUCUCCACAACCCGCCGGCUUUCUUGGGCUGUUUCCAGGUGAGGCCACACGGCCAUGACCAAGUCUAACAAGGUGGUCUUGGCCCAGCCGGCGGCGACGGCGCCGAGGCUGCUGCCUCGUGCGCCUGGACCCGUCCGUGGUGCUGCUGGCGGCGCCGGAGAAUCGCACAGGGCGAGGCUAAGGUACCAGAGCCUCCUCCAGGACUACAAGGACCUCCUCAAGGAAACUGCGGCGAAGAAGAACAGAUUGCAUAUGGAGAAGCUCAAGAAGCAGAGGCUUUUGGCUGAAGUCAAGUUUUUGCGUACAAGGCACAAAUCCAUGUCCGAAAAUCCAUCCCACACAGUUGUUUACAAAGUGAAGAACCCUGCAAUCGUAAGACCUCCAUCCCGGACCACCGUGUGGGAUGAUCGCCAGCGGUUGGUUCAGGCUGUUGGGAGUUCCAGCAGAGCCCCGCCCGCGCAGCAGCAAUGGCAUCAUCCUGCUCCGCGGCCGCGAGCAUCUCCCGUGGUGAUUGACCUCAACGAGGCUUGUGAGCUGAGUUCCGAUGACACGACGGAGGAAUUUCAUGGUUACCAGCGGUCUGUUGCGGCCGGUCCUAGUGACGCCAAGGCUCCAGCGGCGUUCUGGGAUGUCCGGAACCAGGCGGCGCGAGCGGGGAAGAGGAAGAUCUCGUGGCAGGAUCAGCUGGCUCUUAGAGUAUAGGUUUGAUAGAUAAACUGUAUCAACCAACUGUGGUUUUCGCAGAACUUUGUGCCUCAUCUCUGGUCCUCGACCUGUAAAAGAAAUCCUUCGAGGCAUCGGUGGGUGUGUAUUUUUUUUUGAGAAAGGGCUACGUGUUCAGCUCAAAGAGAUACAUUACAACGCACACACGCUAGAGCCAGCUCGAAAGAUCGAGAAACGCCACGACCCAAGAACUUUGCAGAAAGACCCUCCAAAGAAACGAACAUUACAAAGAAGCCCGAAGCCAAACUGCAACCAGCCACUCCUCCGCUCACCGCCGGCGAACACCGGCAAGGAACACGACGGAGCCAUAUCGCCCAAACGGGCUUUAGGAGCCGCAUCGGAAGCCCGCAGAGCGCGGAGCUGAAAAGGAUUCUGAAGACCAUCGGUGGGUGUGUAUUUUGCUUCCUGGCGCAUGAUGAAAAUUUGAAAACCGUAACUAAGUAUAACCUGGCCCUGUUCUUCA